AUGCGCCGCCAAACGUAUGCAGUCUGCAAGUCAAUCUUUUUCCCGGAGGAACCCUUGGUCUUUUUCCCCAAGGCCCUCAAUCUUGAUGCAAUAGGGGCACCGGAAGCUCAGAUACCCAACGAGUCUUACAAAAGAUUUUGCGGAAUCCUCCUCUUGCUGAUCAAACCCCACAUGACACAGAAGAACAAGUGGGCUUACGCGGUCAACAAAGCGAUUUUCCUUGGCACCAACCCCAACAUCUUUCACCCUGGGCUCAAUGCACUCAAGAAGAAGAUCAACUUUGCUUGCGGGAGCUUGAAAGUCUGCAGCCGUUUUCAAGAAGCUUUUGAGUCAGGUACCCCAACCUUCAAACUAAAAUUCUUGGUGCCCGCGGCCUUUUUGGGACACUGGUCAACAACCGCACAACAUUUCCUCCCGCGUUACCCGUCGCUUGCCAAGACCUGUCUUAUUCCUGCUAGUAAGCCGUUGGUAUCCACGAACCCAGAAGCGGACGAAAAAGCGGUUACUUCAGUAGAUUCGCCUGUCGCCAUGCUACCCCGACGCUCCUCCAAUCGCUCCUCUAGUCCAAACAUUUUCGCCUUGUAUGAAACUGCCGCAGCAGCUCGAGAUGAAGCUCUGGAGUCUUACGCUUUGCACUCUGAUGACCAAGAUACUCCUCCAAACAUGCCGGGAGCUUUCACCUCUGCUCCAGCUCCGAAUUUUCCCCUGAGCAAUAUCCGACCAACCGAUCCUUCCGGAAACAACUCGCGCAACAUUAAGGGGCAAACCCCAGGGGACGACCAAGGUAUUGAGACCACAGCUCCGGUCAACGGGGAAAAAAAAUUCGGCAUCGAUAGUAGCGCGCGGCGAACGUCAUGCAGAUGGAAUAUUGCAAACCUCCAGCCACCAGCCACCGAACCCGAUGAAACAGGACAAUACGAAUCCUCAACUUGCCAUCAAUGCCGUGUCAAGACCACCCGACCCAAGAUGAUUUGCGAUCAAUCACAGGAUCCGAACUGUUUCAGUCGAGUGUGCGACCACUGCUUGGUCAAUCGAGCAGUGUACGACGGCGUACCUGAGCUUCAGCCUCCGAUAUUUGAAUUCGUACCAGGUGGCAAGAUGCUGUGUGUGAAAUGCAGAGGUAUCUGCCCUUGCGCCACUUGUCGGAGGCAGCGAGGCGAAAAAGAAGAAAACCGACGAGGGCGACCGGAUAACGCUCUGAGUUCGCUUCAAGGCUUGAAAUCACAGAGCAGGGAGCAGGAGCUGUUGAAGAAGAAGCAAAUCCAAGAAAGGGUCAAGCUGAAGAAAGCAUCAAGCUGGGGCGCGGGCAUUCGUGAUUCAGCACCAGCCGAGCGCGAAAGACCUUCAGCAGUUUCUCCAGUUACUCGAAAAAGGAGAAAAAAACAAGGGGGUGCCUUGUGGGGCGAUAUCAACUUCUCGGACCAAUUUCCAGCAAAUUCAACCGGCAAUUCUACUCAAACUGCGUCUGUCAAUCCCACUACCAUGACAGGGUUGAUGGCUCGGGAUUACGCCGAACCAAAACCCAAACGAGGCCGUCAUUUAAAAGCUAAUCCUAGUGCGACGACGCUUGGAAACCAAACUCUCCCCUCUAAUCCGAAGGAGAUCGAUCGCGAGGUGGACAACACAAUGGUGGACCAUCUUAUCCAGUCCAAUAAACGAUUAGUAGAAGCCGCAUCCGGCAUGGCUUCGCUCAUAAAAAGCAAAGAGAACCCCUCGGACCCGAAGAUGUCCGACUAUGCGCCGUCUUAA